ACACAAAUUCUAAAUUAGCCCCAAUUUUUCUCUAAACCACCAUUCGCCGCCGUAAUCUUGGCCCGACCGCCGAUUAAGCUCCAGCGCCGACGUAGCCGGCUCCUUCGGCAUUCUACAGCUUUGCGUAUUUAUCUAUUCGUUCAAGCUCCUUACGCGACGCUUUCAAUUUGUGCGCGCAUUCUGGAUUGCCCUGUAUCGUGUCUGGCUUGGAAUUGUGCGGGUUCAACGUUACUUGAUUAAAUUUGUUUGAUUCCCUUGUUGUGGUCUUUGGCUCUAGUUGGGGAUAGAAUUUCAUGCUACAAAGCACAUAUUUAUUGGUCUAAGAUAAAGAUGAAUUUACAGACACACCAUACAGGGCAGAUCUCAGGCCAGAUACCCAACCAGGCUGGUACUAUGUUGCCUGGGCUACCACAGCAAAAUGGGAACCCUAUGCUCAGCCAAAUACAGAAUUCUAAUGUUCAUAGAAAUGUUCCCAAUAUGGAUCCAGAAACUAUUAAAAGACGCAAAUACAUGCAAGAAAAAAUCUGGAACUUUCUAAUGCAGCGGCGACAGCAAUCUCCUGAGGUUCCCAACAGGAGAAUGGUUGAUUUAGUGAAACGUCUAGAAGAUGGUUUAUUCAGAAAUGCCAUGACAAUGGAGGAGUACCUAAACCUGGACACUUUGGAAAGACGUUUGCUUAUUCUGAUUAAGCGCUUCCCUACAAGUAAUCGCAAUCAGCAAUUGCCACAAGCCAAUUCUUCCCCUCCCGUCGGUACAAUGAUACCCACACCCGGGUUUCAACAAACUGGGAACUCAAGCUUCGCUGGAACUUCAUUAGUGGAUAAUUCUUUUGUGAACAGUAGUUCCAACACAAUUGCAUCAUCCACCGUCAAUCCGGGAAGCUUUUUUCCAACUCAAAAUGGAUCUUCUGGAAUUGUGCAUGGAGGUGGGUAUCAGCAGUCAUCUAAUGCUUUCAUGGUCAAUCAUGGGGGAAAUAACAUGAUGUCCAUGGGUGCGCAAAGAAUGACAAGUCAAAUGAUCCCAACUACUGGAAUUAAUAACUCCAAUUCUAAUGAUAUGAUUGCUAACACUAGCAAUAACAAGUCAAUGAAAAUUGAGUCAUCAGAUGUUGGAGCAUGUUCUGAUGUUGACUCUACAACUGCAUCACAGCCUACUUUGCAAAAACAGCAUGUUGGUGGUCAAAAUUCUCGUGUUUUACACAAUAUUGGGGGGCAAAUGGGUAGUGGAGGCAGUUCUAUGUUGCAGCAGAAAAACUUUGGAAUAACUCAUCAUUUAUCUGGAACUAUACUUGGAAAUUCCACCAAGCCCCUGUCUCAGCAUCUUGACCAGCAUCAACAAAGACCAGUAACACAAGGUGAUGCCUACGGAAUUGGUGCUACUGGGUCUGGAAACAUGUACAUUCCUGCAACAACUGUUGGGUCCACGAUCAGCAACCCGAGCUUGAAUUCCAUAUCCAUGCAAUCAAUGCACACGACAGAUUCUCAUUUGAUGACCAAUAACCAGUCAAAUGUAUCUUCUUCUCAACAGGCAACUGUGGAUCUUCACUCAGUAGAUCAAUCACAAAAGGUUAAUUUUCAAUCUCAGUACCCAGUGAAAGAAAAUCUUGUGCAACCUCACCAACAGCAGCUGUUUCAACAGCCAUCCCAGCAGUUUCAGCAGCAAAAACCUUCUCAGAAUCAAUUGCAACAAAAAAGGCAAAUGCCGAACCAGUAUUUGAUGAGAAAUGAUUCUUUCGGUCAGUCCCAGCUAUCGCCCAGUAUAAUAUUUGAGGUGAAGCAGGAGAUUGGAACAGAGCAUUAUAAUGAAGGUAUACAGUCAAAAGUCACCCACUCCUUCCAUGCUGAUAUGCAGAACCAGUUCCAGUCAAAUUCUGUAGACGACCAUCCAGGAGCUGCUCAGCCUUUUUCUCGUUCAUCUGUGCCGCAUGAUGCCCCAUCCUUGCAUCCGCAGCAAUUUGUGUGUAACACUAGUGAUUUUACUAGUCCUUGUGGUGGUGUUCAACCAGAUGCAGCUUUGGGCAGUCAGCGGUAUUCUAAGCCUCCAGAUGUGGAUGCAUCAGGAAGACUCCCAAUUGAUCAGACUAUUCAAAAUGAAAAAUAUCAGAGAGUAAUGAGGCAAGAUGGAGCUCAACUAAAUAAUUUAUCCUCAGAAGAAUCUGUUAUUGACCACUCUGGAAAUUCUAGAUCAACAGAACCAGUGAACACAAGUGACCCAGCAUCUCGAACUUAUAGCGUUAUUCGCGAAAAACAGUUCAAGAACCAACAGAGGUGGUUGUUGUUUUUGCGGCAUGCUCGUCGAUGUCAUUUCCUAGAAGGUAAAUGCCCAGAGCCUAACUGCUUAACUGCUCAGAAGCUGUUGAAGCAUAUUGGAAGUUGCAACAAUUUCGAUUGUUCAUACCCUCGUUGCCGUGUUACAUGGGAUUUAGUCAAUCAUCAUAGGCGCUGUCAGGAUACAAAUUGCCCUGUAUGUAUCCCUGUUAAGAAAUUUAUGCAGACUCACUUCAAGGCAUUUGCUCGUUCUAAUUUGAGGUCUGGGUUGCCUACGGUAGUCAAUGAAUCUUCAAAUGCCCAUGAUAUUGCUGGAACUUUGGGAAGGUCUACUCCAAAGAUGGACCCAGUGAUGGCUGAAACCCCUGAAGAUCUACAACCUCCUAUUAAACGCGUGAAAGUCGAGCAAAGCCUGCAGUCUCUUGUCCCUAGCAAUGGAUGCUCUGUGGCGUUGGCAUCUACUGUAAGUGAUGGUCAUAUCCGUGAUAUACAACAUAGUGAAAAGGAUCACGAUUACCAUAUUCCAGUAAAACCUGAAAUUAGUGAUCUGAAAGUAGCGGUGAAAGCCCCUGUAAACGUUGCACAGGAAUGUCCCAAUAUUGAGAUAUCAAAGGAUAACGUGGAUGAUGCCUACAUACAAACUCUGAAAGGUGAUGGUGCUACACUUAGUGAUUCUGUUGGAUGUGGUGCUCAGCAGCUCAUGAAGACAGAAAAGGAUACAGCGCAAGCUAAGCUGGAAAACACUUCAUUACCUCCUGAGGGUUCAUCCAAGUCCGGGAAGCCAAAAAUAAAGGGAGUAUCAAUGAUUGAAUUAUUCACCCCUGAAAUGGUCCGCCAACAUAUUAUGGGUCUCCGGCAGUGGGUAGGACAGAGCAAAGCUAAGGCAGAAAGAAAUCAGGCAAUGGAGCAUUCAAUGAGUGAAAAUUCUUGUCAGCUCUGUGCAGUUGAGAGGCUUAGCUUUGAACCUCCUCCUGUGUAUUGUACUCUCUGUAAUAUUCGCAUUAAAAGAAAUGGAAUGUAUUACUCCUUCGGGUCUGGGGAAACCCGUUAUUGCUUCUGCAAUCACUGCUAUAACAGUUCACAUGGAGACACCAUCGCAGUAGAUGGCACGACGAUUCCAAAGGGAAGGGUGGAGAAAAAGAAAAAUGACGAGGAAACUGAAGAAUGGUGGGUUCAAUGUGACAAGUGUGAAGCUUGGCAGCAUCAAAUCUGCGCAUUGUUUAAUGGUAGAAGGAAUAAUGGUGGAGAAGCGGAGUAUACUUGUCCAAAUUGUUAUAUGGCAGAAGUUGAAAUGGGAGAACGUGCACCAUUGCCACAAAGUGCUGUUCUCGGUGCAAAAGAUUUGCCUAGAUCACAGCUAAGCGAUCACUUGGAGCAGCGUUUAAUUGUAAAAUUGAACCAAGAGAGGCUGGACAGGGCUAGGCAUCAAGGCAAAAGUUAUGAUGAGGUCCCAGGAGCAGAAGAGCUUGUUGUAAGAGUGGUAUCAUCAGUGGACAAGAAGUUGGAUGUCAAGCCUCGCUUCCUGGAGAUUUUUCAAGAGGAAAACUAUCCAACAGAGUAUCCUUAUAAAUCUAAGGCAGUACUGUUAUUUCAGAGAAUUGAGGGCGUUGAAGUAUGCUUAUUUGGCAUGUAUGUUCAAGAAUUUGGAUCUGAAUGCCAGCAGCCAAACAACCGAAGAGUCUACAUCUCUUACCUGGACUCUGUUAAGUAUUUUAGACCAGAAGUCAAAACAGUCUCAGGAGAGGCUCUAAGGACAUUUGUAUACCAUGAAAUUUUGAUUGGAUAUCUGGACUACUGCAAAAUGCGUGGUUUUACAAGCUGCUACAUCUGGGCAUGCCCUCCCCUGAAGGGUGAGGACUACAUUUUGUAUUGUCACCCAGAAAUUCAAAAGACGCCCAAAUCUGAUAAACUUCGAGAGUGGUACUUGGCCAUGCUACGAAAAGCCACAAGGGAAAACAUUGUCGUGGAGCUUACUAAUAUGUAUGAACAUUUCUUUGUUUCAACUGGUGAAUGUAAAGCAAAGGUAACUGCAGCUCGGUUGCCAUACUUUGAUGGAGAUUAUUGGCCUGGUGCUGCGGAGGACUUCAUCUAUCAAUUUCAACAAGAAGAAGAUGGGAGAAAACAUUCUAAGAAGGGAGCUUCUUUGAAAAAGAGCAUUACAAAAAGAGCUUUAAGGGCAUCUGGACAAACUGAUCUUUCUAGCAAUGCAUUAAAGGAUCUGAUGUUAAUGCAUAAGCUUGGUGACUCCAUAACUACAUGUAAGGAGGAUUUCAUCAUGGUUCACUUACAGCAUUCAUGUUCUCAUUGCUGCAUCCUAAUCUUUUCUGGAAAACGGUGGGUCUGCAAGCAGUGCAAAAAGUUUCAUCUUUGUGACAAUUGCUAUGAUGCUGAGCGGAAACGUGAUGAUAGGGAGAGGCAUCCUGUAAACUACAAGGAUGUCCACACACUUUAUCCUGUUGAGGUUGCUGAAGUCCCCGAUGAUACUAAAGAUAAUGAGAAUCUUGAAAGUGAGUUUUUUGACACAAGGCAAGCAUUUCUCAGUCUUUGUCAAGGAAACUAUUAUCAAUAUGAUACUCUUCGCCGAGCUAAGCAUUCUUCUAUGAUGGUCUUGUAUCAUCUGCACAAUCCGACUGCCCCUGCUUUUGUCAUAACAUGCACAAAAUGCAACCUUGAUAUUGAGAGUGGGCAAGGUUGGCGCUGUGAGACAUGCCCCGAAUAUGAUAUAUGCAAUGCUUGCUAUCAGAAGGAUGAAGGAAAGAAUCAUCCUCAUAAAUUAACUAAAAAUCAGUCCAUUGACCCCAAUGCGCAAAACAAAGAAGCCAAGCAAUUACGACUCUCACAGGUGAGGAAAAUGCUCGAACUCCUGGUUCACGCUUCUCAGUGCCGGUCAACCCUUUGCCAGUAUCCAAACUGUCGCAAGGUCAAGGGACUUUUCCGCCAUGGCAUCCUGUGCAAAAGGCGCGCGGCAGGAGGCUGUCAUAUGUGUACGAAAAUGUGGCAGCUUCUCCAGCUUCACGCCCGAGCAUGCAAAGAAUCUGACUGCAAUGUACCACGUUGCAGGGACUUGAGGGAACACCUGAGAAGGCUGCAGCACCAAGCAGAUUCACGACGAAGGGCUGCUGUAAUGGAAAUGAUGAGGCAACGUGCAGCAGAGGUCGCAGGCAGUUCUUGAUCACCCAAGCUGUAUAUAGCAAUAGCGAGCCAGAAAAUUCCUUAGUUAUCGUGAAACUAAAUCUCUUUUUUCGUCUCGGCUGCAAAGGAAAACCCACAGGAGUUCAGGUUCACCCCUCAACGAUAUUUUUCAUUCGUACGUCGUCUUAUGAUCUAGUUUCUGGUAUAAUUUAGAUGGGAAAAAGGGUACAGAAAUCAGUCAUGAUUCUUUGUAUUUUGUUUACUUAGCAUUUCUCCCCUGUCAUCAUUCGAUGGCUGAGUGUAUCAUAACUUUUACUUGCUUAGUUUUAAUGGAGAACCACAUUUUUCCA